CGGCGGGUACGACCAGGGGCUGCGGACCCGGGAUCGAGGCGGCCGAACCCAGGUCGAGCUGUCGGGAGGGUGGAGUCACAGGGCCUGCAGAGAUGCUGGCUGUCCCAGAGAUGGGCCUGCAAGGGCUGUACAUUGGCUCUAGCCCCGAGCGGUCCCCCGUGCCCAGCCCGCCCGGCUCCCCAAGGACCCAGGAAAGCUGUGGCAUUGCCCCCCUCACACCCUCGCAGUCUCCAAAGCCCGAGGCCCGAGCCCCCCAGCAUGCUCCCUUCUCUGUGGUGGUGGCCAUUGACUUUGGCACCACCUCCAGUGGCUAUGCCUUCAGCUUUGCCAGUGAUCCUGAAGCCAUCCACAUGAUGAGGAAAUGGGAGGGCGGGGACCCAGGAGUGGCCCACCAGAAGACCCCCACCUGCCUGCUGUUGACCCCGGAGGGCGCCUUUCACAGCUUUGGCUACACUGCCCGCGAUUACUACCACGAUCUGGACCCUGAGGAGGCGCGGGACUGGCUCUAUUUCGAGAAGUUCAAGAUGAAGAUCCACAGCGCCACUGAUCUCACCCUGAAGACCCAGCUAGAGGCCGUAAACGGAAAGAAAAUGCCUGCCCUGGAGGUGUUCGCCCAUGCCCUACGCUUCUUCAAGGAGCAUGCCCUUCAGGAGCUGAGGGAGCAGUGCCCAUCGCUGCCAGAGAAGGACACCGUGCGCUGGGUGUUGACGGUGCCUGCCAUCUGGAAACAGCCUGCCAAGCAGUUCAUGCGUGAGGCUGCCUACCUGGCUGGCCUGGUGUCGAGGGAGGAUGCAGACCAACUACUCAUCGCCCUGGAGCCAGAGGCUGCCUCUGUCUAUUGCCGCAAGCUGCGUCUUCACCAGCUCGUGGACCUAAGCAGCCGGGCUCCAGGCAGUGGACGCCUGGGUGAGCGCCGCUCCAUCGAUUCCAGCUUCCGGCAGGCCCGCGAGCAGCUGCGCCGGUCCCGCCACAGCCGCACGUUCCUGGUGGAGUCCGGCGUCGGAGAGCUGUGGGCAGAGAUGCAAGCAGGAGACCGCUACGUGGUGGCAGACUGCGGGGGAGGCACGGUGGACCUGACCGUGCACCAGCUGGAGCAGCCGCAUGGCACGCUAAAGGAACUCUACAAGGCAUCUGGCGGCCCCUAUGGCGCGGUGGGCGUGGACCUGGCUUUUGAGCAGCUGCUGGGACGCAUCUUUGGAGAAGACUUCAUCGCCACCUUCAAAAGGCAACGCCCGGCAGCCUGGGUGGAUCUGACCAUCGCCUUUGAGGCCCGCAAACGCACGGCAGGCCCACACCGUGCAGGGGCACUCAACAUCUCGCUGCCUUUCUCCUUCAUUGACUUCUACCGCAAGCAGCGAGGCCACAACGUGGAGACAGCCCUGCGCCGGAGCAGCGUGAACUUCGUGAAGUGGUCCUCACAGGGGAUGCUCAGGAUGACUUGUGAGGCCAUGAACGAGCUCUUUCAGCCCACGGUCAGUGGGAUCAUCCAGCACAUAGAGGCGCUGCUGGCACGGCCCGAGGUGCAGGGCGUGAAGCUGCUGUUCCUGGUGGGCGGCUUUGCCGAGUCGGCUGUGCUGCAGCACGCGGUGCAGGCGGCGCUGGGCGCCCGCGGCCUGCGCGUGGUGGUCCCGCACGACGUGGGCCUCACCAUCCUCAAGGGCGCGGUGCUGUUCGGGCAAGCGCCGGGCGUGGUGCGGGUGCGCCGCUCGCCGCUCACCUACGGCGUAGGCGUGCUCAACCGAUUCGUGGCUGGGCGCCACCCGCCCGAGAAACUGCUGGUCCGCGACGGCCGUCGCUGGUGCACCGACGUCUUCGAGCGCUUCGUGGCCGCCGAGCAGUCGGUGGCCCUGGGUGAGGAGGUGCGGCGCAGCUAUUGCCCGGCGCGCCCGGGCCAGCGGCGCGUGCUCAUCAACCUGUACUGCUGCGCCGCCGAGGACGCGCGCUUCAUCACAGACCCCGGCGUGCGCAAGUGCGGCGCGCUCAGCCUGGAGCUAGAGCCCUACGACGGUGCGUCCUCCGGCCGCCGCGAGAUCCGCGCCGCCAUGCAGUUUGGCGACACCGAGAUUAAGGUCACCGCCGUCGACGUCAGCACCAAUCGCUCCGUGCGCGCCGCCAUCGACUUUCUUUCCAACUGAGGGCGUGCGCGAGGACCAGUUCCCCAGUGCCAGGCCCCGCCCUCUUGUGGUCGUGGGGUCGGCUCUAGUGGAUGGGCUGCUAGUUCUGAAGUCGCGCCUCUUCCCCCACCCUCUCGCCUGGAGAGAUGAGGUCGCAGGAUGGGUGGGGACAGACUCUGGCUUUGGAAUUGGCCCAGGUCCGCUGACUGGAAGGCUGCAGAGCCCUGCCAAGGGCUGAGGUCAAGGAAUCAGAAGAGGUUUGUAAGCCGGUGCGCCCACAGGGAACACGUCACCCCGAAGGCAGAAUGCACCAGAAGACCGAGCCCUGGCCUGAACUGGGGGGGGGGGGGGGGGGGGGGCGGGGGGGAGGUGUGAAGGCAGCCGGGAGAGGCGGAGCAGGGCCGCUGCAGGAGGGGCAGCAGGAGGAAGGAGGAUGUGCAGAGCUUUGGCCUGAAGGGCCGCGUGCGUGGAUUGAUGGGCUCAGCCUACACAGGGAGCUGGGCAGAGCAGCCCCAUGCCACAGAAAAAUGGCUGGGGACUGGCACGAGAGUCACAGGAGUAUAGGACCUCCCCAGGCGUGGCACCAACCAUCCAAGUGUGACUGUUAAUUUUAAAACUUUCUCAGCAGGCUAAUGAGGAGGAUACAGGCUGAAGGCACUUAUGAGAGGAUGUGGGGGAACAUGGCGGGGGCCGGGGGCUUCCUUCAGGACAAAUGACUCAUCUGAGAAGGCCCCUAGGGCAGCCUAUGAAUGACCCACUUGCACCCUAUCCCAGCUACCCAAGCGCAGUGGGACUUGGGGAGCUGCAGGGUGGACAGAAGAGGCACUAAGAGCUGAUCUUGGCUCUGCCAUCAACUCAAUGUGCCAUUGGGACAUUUCCUGCCCACCCAUGACAUGCAGCUGACCCACCUGCCUGAGAACCCUAAGGCGACAAUAAAGCAUUUAUGCUUCAGGUGAA